ACUUUUUCUACCUUUUGAUCUCAUCGUGUUGUUCAAACGACGUUUGACGAUUUUGAAUCUCUUCUUUAAGGAGCUUGCUCUUAUACAAAAAGGAAGAGGUUGAGAGAUUCUGAGGUUGAGAAAAUGGAUGCAAUAAGAAAACAAGCCAGCAGGAUCAGGGAACAAGUCGCAAGACAGGCUGUCUUCAAGCAAUUUGGAGGAGGAGGACAUGGCUCUGGUUUAUCGGAUGAUGCCGAACUCCAUCACCAUCAGAAACUAGAAAAGCUUUACAUUUCCACCCGUGCUGCCAAGCAUUACCAAAGAGAUAUUGUUCGUGGCGUGGAAGGUUAUAUAGUCACCGGGUCUAAACAAGUUGAAGUUGGGACGAAACUGUCUGAGGAUAGCAGGAAGUAUGGUUCAGAGAACACAUGUACGAAUGGUAAUGUAUUAACAAGGGCUGCACUGAACUACGGACGUGCUCGGGCGCAAAUGGAGAAGGAGCGUGGAAAUAUGUUGAAGGCUCUUGGUACACAGGUUGCUGAGCCAUUACGGUCAAUGGUCUUGGGAGCUCCACUGGAAGAUGCUAGACAUCUUGCCCAACGUUAUGACAGAAUGCGCCAAGAAGCUGAAGCUCAGGCUACAGAAGUUGCCAGACGCCAAGCAAAGGCGAGAGAGUCUCAAGGCAAUCCUGACAUAUUCAUGAAACUUGAGUCUGCUGAAGCAAAACUUCAAGACCUAAAGUCAAAUAUGAGUAUAUUGGGGAACGAAGCCGCUUCUGCUUUAUCUUCCGUUGAAGAUCAACAACAAAAACUGACUCUUGAACGACUUAUUUCGAUGGUUGAAUCUGAACGUGGCUACCAUCAAAGAGUUCUCCAAAUACUUGAUCAGCUUGAAGGAGAGAUGGUAUCUGAGAGGCAACGUAUUGAGGCCCCCACUACUCCCUCAAGUACAGACAAUAUGCCGCCGCCUCCAUCAUAUGAGGAAGUGAAUGGAGUGUUUGCAUCGUCUCACAUGCAUGACACGCCAACAGAUAGCAUGAGGUACUUCUUAGGAGAGGUCUUGUUCCCAUAUCACGGUGUGACAAAUGUCGAGCUAAGCUUAUCAACUGGUGAAUACGUUGUUGUUAGAAAGGUAACAGGCAGCGGAUGGGCAGAAGGUGAAUGCAAAGGCAAAGCGGGCUGGUUCCCUUAUGAGUACAUUGAAAGACGGGAACGAGUUCUUGCUACCAAACUCUCUGAAGUCUUUUGAGACUUAAAAAAAAAUUGAAGGUAGCAUUGUGGUUCUCUUUGUUGGUUAUGGUUUGUGUGUGUUCAGUACUGGAGAGAGGAAAGAUUCAGCGGCUAAACAGAAGUCCAUGUUCAUGAGGUUAAGCGUUGAUGCGGAUUCCUUGAAUAAGAGGUUGUUCAAUCUUUGGGUAUCAUAUCAAUAUUGUAUUUGAAUCCUUUCUGGAUCUAUCCUCUUCUUAUGUGAAUAGACUUCCUUUUUGAGUUUUAACUGUAGACUUUUGUCGAAUUACUUUCACAUAUUGAUUCAUUUGUUAAGACUUUGGUCUUACAAA